CAUUCUGCCUGUUAAUGUACACACGAUUACGAGAGAUAAACAUGUUUGUCUGACAUUUAGUUCUUACAAUGACUAUCGACUAUCGAUAGAAUUGUCAGUUUUCACGAACACACGAAAGAGUUGACAGAGACAAACUGUUUGUGCAGAUAUAUAAGGCAAAAAUGGGCACGAUAUUCUUGAAACUACUAUUUAGCUUUGCUAUAAUAUUCGCUGUUAUGAAUAUUGUAAUCAUGAGCAAUUUUGAAGAUUGCAUGUACUUGUCUGCCUAUGAUACUAUAUCGCUCAGUAAAGUGAGGCCAGAAAUUUAUAAUAUGGUCUUCACUGUGAAAAAUAGUUCAUUAAUUCUCGGCGAAUCCCACAUUGUAAUCUUGGUGUAUUAUACAACCAAACGUAUCGUCAUACACAAUUAUAAAUUGGCUAUACCUCUCAGGUCGAUAAAGCUCACUACAUGGAAUUCGUUAACGCAAACACCGGAAGAAACAUAUACAUUUGAGAGACAUAUUUAUUGCCAUAAAGCGCAAACCUUGGAAUUAACUAUGAAGAAGUACAUUAAUCCGGGAAUAUAUAAUCUAAAUAUGAAUUUCAUGUUGCCUGUAAAUGUGACAAGUUUGAACCUGAGCGAUAAAUACCUCUGGUCGCCCACGGUAGGACAUGAGUUGAACUUGGCGCGCCAAGUGUUUCCGUGCUGGGAUAAUCCGUGGACAAAAGCACGAUUUAACAUCUCAUUGAACCAUCCUACGUACUAUACGGUUUUGUCGAAUAUGCCAAUAUCGCACACGGUUGACGAAAAAGACGGCAUGAGGAGGACAUAUUUUGACACGUCUCUGAGGAUAGCUCCUUAUGAAGUGGGACUUGCGUUGGUCCAGUAUCUGAACAAAGAAUCGAGUCCUACGAAUGCUGGGACGACUAUGUGGUAUCGACAGCAAGUGGGCAAGUAUUUAAAGCAUAUGUUUGCCGCGAUUGAAGCGUGCAAGAGAACAUUUGACAGCUAUAUUGUAAUGCUCAAAGAAACGCCGAAAACGGACCACGUUAUAGUUCCGAAUCUUUCUAUGAAGAUCAGAGGAUUUCCUGGACUCGUUAUUUACAGAGAACAAGAUUUUACAUACAAUGUACAUUCAGACUAUCCUGGUCGCAACAAUAGCGUGUGGAAUAUGCUAGGACAAGAAAUGGCGCGCCAAUGGUUCGGUGCAGAAAGCAGGCCGUCUUCGUGGUCUAAUUUUUUGUUUAUCGAGAUGUUUGCGUCGUUUCUUAAUCAUAUCAUAACAGAGAAGCUGCAAAGCAAAUCGAUAAGGGAUCUUUACGCGGUUCAAAUGGUGCAGUCUGCUCUUCGUCAAGACUUUGCUCUUAGGAUGAAGCCUGUUUUACAUGAAAUUGACAUUGACGAUAAAUUCGAAAAGGACCUUUACUUUCCCAUGUACCGUAACAAAGGAGUCAUCUUAAUACGCAUGUUGUAUUACUUAUUCACCGCGGAUGACUUUCAAAUUGCUAUCCAGACGUAUUUCACUGAUGUUGACAAUGCUUUGUUCCAACCCGACAAUCUCUGGCAAUAUUUGCAAAGAUGCGUUCAUGCAAGAAAGCAGAAGUGGCCCUGUACAGUGAAAGAAAUAAUGGACAUGUGGUUAACAAUGGAGCACUUUCCAGAAGUGUACGUCACUCGUAAUUUUGAUAAGGAAACGAUAAAUAUUUCGACAAACUGUACCUCCAACUCCAGCAUAAUUCCUAUAACUUAUAUCACGCAGUCGGAUCUCACUUCUGCCCAUACUUGGAAUGUUACUUGGCUGAAGUGUGGGGAGAUCAAAACUAUCUCUGAGAUUCUUACACAUGAUUUCAUCAUAUUUAACUUGGAACAAUCUGGAUAUUAUCGCGUCAACUACGAUACCAAUAAUUGGAACAAAAUUAUUAAUUAUCUAAGCCACGAAAGUGAACAGGAAAGUGACGUACUCAUACCUAUCGUCAAUAUUGCUCAACUCAUCGACGACGCGUUUUAUUUCGUGAUGCAGAGAAAACUCAACUCCAAUACAUUUUUUAAUCUUAUCCUUUACCUGUCGCGGGAAAAGAGUUAUACAGCAUGGUAUCCUAUGUUUAACAUUCUGUCGCGCAUGUCGAUAUAUCUUCAAUUACCAGAAGCUGAAGAGAUCAAAGUGUUCAUUAAGAUUUUAUUAGAAAAUCUUCUGGAAAAAAUAGGAUAUGAAGAAUACUUUAACGAAGAUGGUAUGACAAGAUCGUUAAGGUUAUUAGCAGUGAGGUGGGCUUGUGGAUUGGGUAGUAUAAAAUGCAAGAUUGUUGCCAAGAAUGAAUUGAUCAAGCAUCUCAGACAGCCUGACAUACCGAUUCCAUCGUGGUGGAGGGAAUGGGUAUAUUGCACAGGUAUGGAGAAGUUAUCUAUGCACUUUUGGCAAAAGUGGAUGGCGAAGUGUAUUAGAGAGCGAAAUAAGACGUGCUUAACUUACUUGUCUUGCGUUCACAAUGAAAUCAUCCUCGAAAAUUAUUUGAAAAUGCUUUUGGGGGAAAUGGAAGUAGAUGAGUUCAUAAAAGAAACAGGAUCUUUGACGCUUUUUCAUACUUUAUUUAAGAGGCACGCAAAUAACGAUAUUAUGCUUGCGAUUUUCAUAAAUAAUCUGGACAACAUAAAUGACAAGAUUUAUACAGGCAACAAUUUAAAUCUAGUGAAAUUGUUCAGAGAAGCCAUCGGAACUAUAUAUUCUAAGAGCAGUCUCAAUAUGAUAACGACUUAUACAAGAAGGUUGAAAUUUAUGAACGUGACACUUAAAGAUCAACUCAAUGAGCUGAUUGAAUUUCGGUAUAAUAAAUUGAAUAAAGCAUUUACACAGUUUUAUUUCUUGAAAUAAUAUUUGGGCAUGACAAAGUUAAACUAUUUUUAUAACUGGACCAAUCAGCGUAUGAGUCGGCAGCAAAUCGAGCCGCUGAGAGAAUUUUCAUGUUGAUGUAUGUUAUGCAGUAAAUCACAAACCAUCUCGAUACAUUAUAUCUGUAAACAGUAACAUAUAUGUUCUUUUGAAUUUGCAUGUAUAUUCAGAUAAUCAUACGCGAAUAUAUACAUAUUAAUUGCUAUUGUUGUUCAAUAAAUUAUGUAAAAUUUCUUUAUUAA